UAUCAACUGAAGAAUCCAUGUUUUUCUAAUUUAUGUUUAUCUCCCUUUAUAUCUAGGUCAUGUAUCCAUUUUGACCGUAUCAUGGUAAAUGGUAUAAGUCCAUACCCUUUCUGCUAGACUGUUUUCCUUUUCUUUGCUAAGGAAUCUGGAGAGCCGUCUUCUAGUCCCAAUUCACUGGUGUGACCUUGGGCAAGUGGCUCUUUACCCGUGGAGCCUUUUCUUUUUUCAUUAAAAUAAGAUCAGGUUAAGGUCCCUUUCCAGGCCUAACUUUCAUUGGUUAUCAAAGCCGAAAGGGUUUGGUUUUCUGCUAGGAGACUGCUCCUAGAGUCCAGCAGUCUGUAGGUCUGUUUUCAGUGGCCAUCGGCCUACAUUUGCCUGGUGGCUGCCUGGGCCCAGGAAGGGCCGGGGGACUGUAGGACGUCGUUCUGUUGCAGAAAAGGCACUUGUACUAGCAUGAGGAGCAAGUCUGGGAGGCCCAGAUCUCGCACCAACCAGCGGCCAGGGCUCGGGCAAAUCUUUCCCUCUCGAUGCCUCGGUUUCCUCCAUAAAUGAUGCUCUCCCUUCCAGCUCAAUGAAUAAUACUAGUCCCUUAAUGGUCCAAUUGAGGGUUGGCCAUUAAUCUUGGGCCUCAAUUAGUGAGGAGUAAUCAAGCGCUGGAUCUAUUAAUUAGGGACAUUAAAGACGUCGCCUGGGGGGGAGGGAGGAAAGGCCAGCCAGGGCAGGAAAACAGGGGGUAGGCGGGGUCACCGGACCUUCCGGAAGCUCCCGGCCCGGUCUUCGUCUCUCAAACCCGUCGAGGGUCCUACAGGGUUAUUGGGCCAAAGGUCCCACUUUUCUGUGCCUCAUGUCCAAGAGAGGACCCCAAGCAACUCCAAGGAACAGCUAGCAACGACCGUUAACGCCCCGCGACCGGAAGAAGCCGGGACUGCCCCACGCGCCCACGCACCGCAGAGUCCCCUCCCCCUCCACGGCGUCCACUCCUCCUCCCCGGCCGAGCCAGCGCGCGCUUGCGCCCAGAGAUCCCUCCUCCCCUUGGCCAGAAAGCAAUCCCUGUAGCUAUAAGGUUCCUCCUCCUCAGUGGGCUACGGGCGUCCCCGCGCAGGCGUAGUACGAACUCCUCUCCGUGGCCGGAGGCGAUCCCUUGGUGGCGCGAGCCUUCCUGCCACGCUUGCGCACCGUUGGCCGUCGGGGAACUUGAAGCGGGGACAGGGGCGGGAGAAAAGGAAGAGCGCAGGUGCAGUGAGCUCCGAAAAGGAAGGGCGGGCGGUGACAGAUACAGACAUGCGCACUUCGGAGCGGGACGGAGGCCUGGUGGGGUCACCCCAGCGCAAGCGCAGUGCGGUGUUUGUCUGAGGGUCGGACGGGCGGGAGGUGCGCGGCGGCGGCGGCGGCGGGGAAGAUGGCGGCGUCCUCCCUGGAGCAGAAGCUAUCCCGCCUGGAGGCGAAGCUGAAGCAGGAGAACCGCGAGGCCCGGCGGAGGAUCGACCUCAACCUGGAGAUCAGCCCUCAGCGGCCCAGGCCGAUUAUUGUGAUCACUCUAAGCCCUGCUCCUGCCCCGUCCCAACGAGCAGCUCUGCAACUCCCGCUGGCCAAUGAUGGGGGUAGCCGAUCGCCUUCCUCUGAGAGCUCCCCUCAGCAGCCCACCCCACCAGCUCGGCCCCGGCACAUGUUGGGGCUCCCAACACCACUGUUCAUGCCACGCAGCAUGGAGAGCAUCGAAAUUGACCAGAAGCUGCAGGAGAUCAUGAAGCAGACAGGAUACCUGACCAUUGGAGGCCAGAGGUACCAGGCAGAGAUCAAUGACCUAGAGAACCUGGGCGAGAUGGGCAGUGGCACCUGUGGCCAGGUCUGGAAGAUGCGCUUCAAGAAGACAGGCCACAUCCUCGCUGUCAAGCAAAUGCGCCGCUCUGGAAACAAGGAAGAAAACAAAAGAAUUCUUAUGGACCUGGAUGUGGUGCUCAAGAGCCAUGACUGCCCCUACAUCGUUCAGUGCUUUGGGACCUUCAUUACUAAUACAGACGUCUUCAUCGCCAUGGAGCUCAUGGGCACCUGUGCCGAAAAGCUGAAGAAGAGGAUCCAAGGCCCUAUCCCAGAGCGGAUCUUAGGCAAGAUGACCGUGGCUAUCGUUAAGGCGCUCUACUACCUGAAGGAGAAGCAUGGUGUGAUUCACAGAGAUGUGAAGCCCUCCAACAUCCUGCUGGAUGAGCGGGGCCAGAUCAAGCUCUGUGACUUUGGCAUCAGUGGCCGUCUGGUAGACUCCAAGGCCAAGACAAGAAGUGCGGGUUGUGCGGCUUACAUGGCGCCUGAGCGGAUAGACCCUCCAGAUCCCACCAAGCCUGAUUAUGACAUCCGAGCAGAUGUGUGGAGCCUGGGAAUCUCACUGGUGGAGCUGGCAACUGGGCAGUUCCCCUACAAGAACUGCAAGACUGACUUUGAGGUCCUCACCAAGGUCCUGCAGGAAGAGCCACCCCUUCUGCCCAGUAAUAUGGGCUUCUCGGUGGACUUUCAGUCCUUUGUUAAAGACUGCCUUACUAAAGAUCACAGGAAGAGACCAAAAUACAAUAAGCUACUUGAACACAGCUUCAUCAAACGAUACGAGAUGCUGGAAGUGGACGUGGCAUCCUGGUUCAAGGAUGUCAUGGCGAAGACAGAGUCCCCUCGGACUAGCGGCAUCUUGAGCCAGCAUCACCUUCCCUUCUUCAGCUGCAGCAGGGGCUACGCCACCCUGGCCCCGAGACGUACCGGUCUUCCGCUCGCCUCCCCCCAUGCUGGCGGGCCAGAUGUCACAUGGAGCUGGGGAGGGAGUACGGAAACAUGGACAGCCACAGAGAGCUGAAGACAAAGCGGGGGCCCUCCAGACCCGCCUGCCCCCACCCCCUGCCUUUCGGCUGAGGACAAACUGGCACCGAUUGGGCCUCCAGCUCCUUUCCUGGGGGAGAGCUGUACGCCCCUCUCCCCCUGACACUGUGAACAGAAGAUGGAAGACAGGUCCACCAUUAGACUCUAUUUAUUCAGUUGUAACCUCUGGGCUUGGGUGGGCUCCUGGAGGCCAGGAGAGAGCUGCCAGAAUCCUUAUUCUCUUUGCCCUCUCUCCUGCCCGCUCUUCUGGCUUGAGGAUUCAGUUUGCAAGCCACGAGGGCUGGGGUAGGGUGGCCUGGGAGGGGUUGCUUGCUGCUCUGUGGGUGUCACUCCCAAGGUUUUUGUCCCUGGGAAUGUGGGGGGAGGGGCAGGGAGGAGCACGUCUGGCCAGCUGGGGGUGGUCAGGUGGCCUGCAGUGGGUCAGUUUUUCUCUUGUUGAUCUCAGGGGGUCCUUUAUGGAGUUUAUUUUAUUUUAUUUGGGGGGAUAUG